UCUCAUCCGAGCUCCUGAGAACAAGCCGCCGUUCUUCACUCACCGCCAUGUCAGCGUAUCGGGUUUCUCCUCCUCCUCCUUCUUUGACUCGACCCACCAAUGACGUAAUCGGCGCGGGUGUAGGAAGGAAACGUGGUGAGAGGACCAAGAUGGCGACUCCCUAUGUGACCGACGACUCCGGAAAGUACAUAGCAGCUACCCAGCGUCCUGAUGGAACCUGGAGGAAGCCGAGAAAAGUGAAAGAGGGAUACGUGCCUCAAGAGGAAGUUCCUGUAUAUGAAAACAAGUAUGUCAAGUUCUUCAAAAGUAAACCCUCACUUCCCCCUGGACUUAGCCACGUUGAGCCAACUGCUAAAAAAACUCAACAGUCCAACAAGCCAGACACAGAAACCCCUCUAUCUAAAACAGCCAAGAGGAAAAUGAAGCGCAAAGAGAAAAAGAAUCAGGAGAAAGGAGAGCGAGAGGCGGUGGAGGAGGCCAGACAAGACAUUGAGAAGAUUAGCAUUUCAGAAACAGAGGUGAAAAAUGACAAAUCGAAUAGUGAAAACGCUGCUGCCGAGAAGACAAAGAAACUGAAGAACCUGCGUAAGAAGCUUCGACAAGUGGAGGACCUACAGCAGAAAAUGGACUCUGGAGAGAUAAAGCAGCCUUCCAAAGAGCAGUUAGAAAAGCUGGCUAGGAGGAAAGCACUAGAGGAAGAGAUAGAGGACCUGGAACUGGACUUGUAGAAGAGAAGGCAUCCAUCAUUGGCUAAACUGCCACAGGACAUCUUAGGAGUUUUAUGUUUUCUUUGUUUCCCAUUCAUGUCCCAUUGUAGUUUGCGAGGGAAUGCGGUUUCUGCUUUCCCAAAGGACAUCUAAUAUUGAGGAUCUGAUUUCGAGCUCAUUAGCACCUAGGCGAGAAAGAUACUAUCUACACAGAAAUGUGAACAGACUAUCAUGUUUAGGUAUCGGAAGACCACAUUUCAUCGACUUUCAUGUUACAGUUGUGCACAACUUAUCACGUCAGGCCCAUCCAGGUUUUUUUUUUGUUCUCUCUAGGUUUGUCAGAUUGUCUGUGGAUUGUGGAGUGCUGAACUUUGGACACUAUACAAAAGGAAAGCAAUAAUUAAAGUACAUUAUGUAUCUUCUAUAUCAUAUGUAUAAUUUACCUACUUACAAUACUUCUGUUACUGGUUUGUUGAGUGGAAUGUUUUAGGAGAAAAAUAAUGUCUUAAAACAGGUUGUCACAUGUUAAGCCAUAAUGACAUCAAGGAGGAUAUAUGCUUUUAUGCAUGAGCAAUAAUGAAGUCUGUUGGUGGAUGAAUAUACAGAUACACAUUUUAUUUUUUUAUGUAUAUAUUUUUUAUUUUUUUUUGCCAAUGUUUGUUUUGUAAAAUUGAUCAUUUUCCUACAAUAUUUUAACUGAACGGAUACUUAAAGGGAUGUUCCCCCACUGAUCCUGAGAACACGGGGUCUAAGGUCCUUUUGGCUUUUUAUAGUAAUAUGCCAUAACAUUCUAUGGUGGGAAAACCCCAUUAAGUAAUGGUUAAACGGGUUCUCUGGGUUAACAAAUAUCGAUGACCUAUCCUUAAGGUAGGUCAUCAGAUUAGUAGGUGUCUGCCACCCAGCACCUCCACCGAUCAGUUGUUUUACAUAGUAUCUGUGUAGUGGUUGUACCAAGGUAAAGCGGCUCGGCUCUCCUUCAAGUGAAUGGGAGAUAAGCUGCAGUACUCUGGUGCUGGAACCUUCUGCUACUGCUUUGUACACUGCAGCAGCCCAAAACAGCUGAUCGGUGGGGGUGUAGGUUGUGGUCCGACAACCAAUCUGAUAUUGAUGAUCUAUCUGGGAUAGGUCAUCAAUAUCUGUAACCCAGAGACCCCCUAUAAAAACUUUGAACACCUUCAGGGGCAAUUUUUAAUGAUUGC